AUGAAACUUCGUGAUACGCUGAUUAAUAUGUUGGGUGAAUUUAUUGGUUUGCAUAAAACACCUGAUUUUAAACUGAAUUUACAAUCAUCUCAUGCUAUCUUCGAAGCUGCCAUUGCUGAAACAAAGAAAUAUUCCAUGUCUGUCGACAGUGAUAUUGAUUAUACAGUACAUCGACGGGCUUACUCACUGGACGGAAACUAUGAUGGUGGUACGGUAAACAUGGAUCCAUCAUGUCGGCGUUCAUCUGAAUCCAUGUCUUUUUCGUCAUUUACACCAUCUGGACGAUGUCGACAACAACAAUUACCAGCACAUCCUCAAAAGAAGAAAAGAGCACACAUUCACAAUUCAUUGAAUGCUUUCUUCAAAAAUGGAAAUUUUAAGAAUAAAAGUGAAAAUUUUAAUAAUUGUGGACGAACGCGACGACAUACUCGACGAGGUUCAGAGACAUUUUGCGGCUCAAUUGCCGCGUACUCAAAUAAUCUUAGCACGAUUAAUACCAGACUAUAG